UAUGGUUAUAUUUCCAUUGCUUUUCGGUUUUCAGGAACCAUCCCGAAGCGGCUAAUAGUGGCCGGAAUGAUCUAUAUUGCGUGUCUGACCUCGUUCAUGUUGCGUGUUAACAUGUCCAUAAAUUUACUGGCAAUGGUACAACCCCCAGCUACGGUCAAUCAUACGACCCACCCAAUCGCAUCAAUGAUUGCCAUUAGUUCAGCGGAAAAUGUUGGAAUUACCAGCAUAACUGCCUUGAAUGACACGAUCGCUUUUACAGGAAAUGAAACGACUUUCACGGCAAACCCAACAAAGGUUCGGGAGGAUCCAGAUCUUCAGAACUUUGGACCGCGCUACCAGUGGGAUCAGAAAACUCAGGAAAACAUCCUGGGGGCGUAUUUCUACGGUUACUUGCUGACAUCGCUACCAGCGGGACUGUUAGCAGAGCGCUUCGGACCAAAAUGGCUGAUAACCGUAUCGUUCGUUGGGUGCUCUAUCACAGCAGCUGCAAUACCGUUUCUUUCCGAGUGGGGUGCGUGGGCUGUUAUUGGAUCGAGAGCCGUGAUCGGACUGCUGGCUGGUGUCGUGUAUCCCUGUCUGCACAAUUUAAUUUCUCGAUGGAUUCCACCAAACGAAAAAGGCAAAGUGAUUGCAUGCAUUGUCGGUGGAAGUACCUCCGGAACAGUAGUCACGUGGCCAAUUUCCGGAAUGAUAAUCGAACGGUUUGGAUGGUCGAUUUCGUUCUACUUCUCGGCCCUCUUCGUUCUAUUGAUUGCCAUUAUUUGGGUUCGCCUUAUUGUAGAUUCGCCAGCGCAACACAAAUCCAUAACGGAAGCCGAGAGGCAGUACAUCGAGGAUUCGUUCGGAGGAACGCGCUCCCAGUCGAAAACAUGGCCACCUUUUGGCAAGCUGCUCACAUCGUUACCAUUCCUGUCGCUACUGGUGUUACACUAUGGAGAAUUUUGGGGGAUGGUUUUCUUCAUCACACAGGCUCCGAAGUUCAUAAACGAAGUUCUUGGCUUUAACUUAUCAGAGGCUGGAUUCUUAUCCAGUUUGCCAUAUCUGGCACGAAUGUUCCUAGGCUUCACCUUCGGCUACAUCGGUGAUCUAAUUCGACGAAAACAAAUCAUAAGUACAACAGCCAUCAGAAAGUCAUUCUGCUUGUUUUCUCACUUUACACCGGGUGUCAUACUGAUAAUGCUUCCUUUCUUUGGUCAAAGCCCAUACAUAUGCGUGGGGUGCAUCAUAGCCUGUAUUGGCAUCAACGGUGCGGCCACCUUAACGAAUCUCGUCAACGCACAAGAUUUGGCACCGAACUUCGCAGCAACGCUGUACGGAUUGAUGAGCUUCCUUGGCACCACUGCCGGUUUCAUUGCGCCUAUGAUGGUCGCUCAUUUCACAUCGGAGCAGAAUACGAUGGAGCAAUGGAGACAAAUUUUCCACAUCAAUGCCGGCAUCUACCUUAUUUCAGGACUCACCUUCGUCUUGUUUGGUUCGGGAAAAGUUCAAAGCUGGAAUAAGGUUGAGGAGUAACAUUCUGCUACGAAGUUGUCGGAUACGAAAACAUCAACAAAUGUCGAAUGCAAUGCAACUAUGUCGAGAAGAAAUGACUUUGAUUUAAG